AUGGACAUGUCUAGCAGCUCCAAUUCGAGCGACUGCUCCGUCACAAUGCUAUGGAACUGGUCUACCAUUGAUUCCUGUUUCCUCGCCCCGUCCUGGCACGUCAAAACCGCCGGACAGUUUGCCGUCUCCUGCAUCGGGGUCGCCUUCCUCGUCAUCGUCUUAGAAUUCCUCCGUCGACUCGGAAAAGAAUACGAAGAUAGCAUCCAGCGUCAAUUCCAGCGGCACGUCGCCGCGCAAAGCGCCCACGAGAAGAUGCAACUAUUCUGCGGUGACUCCAUCGACAGCACGCCAACAAUAGUAACCUUCCAAGCAAGCCCCAUGCAACAAAUGAUACGCGCACUCAUCCACACGCUACAAUUCGGCCUCGCAUACAUCAUCAUGCUGAUCGCGAUGUAUUACAACGGGUACAUGAUCAUAUCGAUCUUCCUGGGGGCGUUUUUCGGGAAGGCGUUCUGCGACUGGGGACAAUAUAGGGUUGUGGUGCCGCGCCCGGCUUCUCCGACUGCCGCGCCAGAUGCGGCCGCGGGAAUGGCGGGGGAAAAGCCGAUGGAGUGUUGUGGGUAG